AGCUAUUAUUCACUCUAAUUUUAUAGAUUUUGGAGUAAUUUCGUAUAAAACAUACCUAAUUCAUUAGUUACGAAAAAAAUGACUCAACCAAAGAUAAUAUUGUUCGAAGAUGGAGACUUUGGUGGCAAUAGCCUGGUGCUGACAGAAGCAACUUCGAAACUGGAAAAUCAUUCAUUUAAUGACAUUAUCUCGUCAAUAAAAGUUGAAUCUGGAACUUGGAUUGUCUACGAUGACGAAAAUUUCUGUGGAAAAAGCUAUUUGCUGAAGCCCGGUUCUUAUCCAAAUGCACAAAGUUGGGGAGGAAAAGACGACGAACUUUCGUCAGUUAAACCUGCAGACUAAUGGAUUUCAGCAAAGAUUGAUAGACAAUUAAAGUGAAAAAACUGAAAUAUAUUUCUCAGAAACCGGACUCUGUUUUAGACAAUACCACAAUUGUGAGAAGGUAUCCCAGAGUUUCAAUUUCUAUUAUAUUCAUUUUGUGUUUUGGUGCAUCUGAAGUUUAUCCCCCAUUCUUAUGUGUAUAUAUAUAUAUAUAUAUGAAGGAAUACCACACAAACAAUACUGGAACCACUGGGCUAAGAUGUAGCAAAGUUUGCCAAAGUCUCUCUCUCUUUAUAGACGUGGGAACUGAGAGCGGUGAGUGUUCAAAUGAUGAGCGUGAAGGGCGACUCAAAUUGAACUAUUCGCGAAAAACACCAUAAUACACACCAUAAUAUAACACCAUUUAAUUUUCUACAAUUGUCAGCCCUACUUUACCCACGUAAAAUGUAUCUAUCAUUGUUGAAAAGAAAUGAAAUGUAAGUUAAACAGCUUAAGGGUUUGUGCAAACAACUUCCAGACAUUCGCUGACAUUAGCGAAUAAUUUCUGUUUCACUGCCAUAUACAGUAUAUCAUUUGUGUUCAUAUCGUUAUGUUUUUAUCAUUCUGUCGUUGCUAUUUUUCGAAGUCGUGAACAAAAAUUGAAACAAUUUUUCAAAAGGAAAAUGGUGCAAUUCUUCUAUAUUUGUACACGUUUGAUAAGUAGCUGAUGCAUGUGAACAUUUCUAUUGCUCAGAGCUCAUGUUACAUAUUACAAUGCUUGAGAACAGUGAUCAAUAAAAUCAUCCUGUGUUUACACGUACACAACUACUGAUGUAGUGAAUACAUAUACAUGAGCAUGGAAAGAUCUUGGAGAAUAAAGAGUGAAUACAGUGACAGCUCUUGUGAUUAUCGUUCACAUUGUACAUGAUUCCACGAAAUUGAAAAAAAAUAUUUAAGCAUACUAUCAAGUGGAAGAUGAGAUAAAAUAAAUUAGCUUUUAACCACAUCCCAUAAACACUAUUCUCGACCAGUGAGUCAGGCCUGUCGGCUUGUAAUUCACUGGCAGCAUUUAGUAUAGAAUUAUAUAUAGGUUCAGUCAUCGAAAAUUGACAAAAAAAUUUACAAUAGAAGCUAUGUAAGGUGGACGAAGAUUUUGGGCGUGAGCUUCAGUCAAAAUUUGAUAUAUGUGGGUCGAUAUAACAGCGGUUACAAAUGUGAAAAAAGAGAAUUAUCCUAUAGAUUCAAAGUAUAGAAAAAAUACUGGAUAUGUAUUUCUAAGCAUGGACUGUACUGUACAACCUCAAACGCGGUCACUCGUGACAAAAUAUAAUUUUUCAUCGAUCUUGGACAUCGGGACGAAAUAAUUACUGGACUAAUUUUAAAUUCUCUCCAAGUCGUUGAAUCUCGUCCAACAAGAAAUCGACGUCACAUUUUUCCACUGCAUGGUUGCUGA